AUGCAAGAAAUAAAAUUACCAGUACCACCAUUUAAUAAUAUUGAAGAUGCAAUUAAAAAAGUUAGAAUGGCAGAAGAUGCAUGGAAUUCAAGGAAUGCAGAAACUGUUUCACUUGCAUACAGUUUGGAUACAAAAUGGAGAAAUAGGAAUGAAUUUAUUAAUGGUAGAACACAAGUUGUUGAAUUUUUAAAAAAGAAAUGGGAAAAAGAGGUUGAAUAUAGACUAAUUAAAGAGUUGUGGACAUUUCAAGCUGGUAGUAAUAGAAUUGCCGUCAGAUUUGCAUAUGAAUGGAAAGAUUUAAAUGGUAAUUGGUUUAGAUCAUAUGGAAAUGAAAAUUGGGAAUUCAAUGAAUUUGGUCUAAUGGUUCAAAGACAUGCAUCAAUAAAUGAUCUCUCAAUUAGUGAAUCACAAAGAUUAUUUCAUUGGCCAUGCGGUAAAAGACCUGAUGAUCAUCCAAGUUUAUCAGAUUUAGGUUUAUAA